GGUGAAUAUACAGAUAAUAAGAACGUUAUCAACACGACAGUCGUCAUUUCCAGAUGAUGUGUAUAAAAGGACUUCGCAAUCGAAACAAACUGCAGCAGUGUCCAAGAAUUUCGACAGCUUCUUACUCUGCCUGAACUUGUCAAGGGCCAAAGGCGAUCUUCCCACGGAAUCUGCAUGAUGAGGAGUUUGACCUUCUGUUUUGUGGCUUUGCUGGCUCAUCUAGGGGCUGCGUCAUUUGAUUGCCGUCGAACAUCGCAAUCCUGUACAGCACCAACAACCUGUGCUUUCACUUCAAGCACCUGCGAUUGUUCCUCCGCCACAAGCCCAUCGGAGGGGUACGACUGUGGUUUAGUAACAGCACAGAUAAGAGCCGGCGCUUGUGCGACUUCGGAUCCGUGCAGCACCCACGGUACCUGCUACGACAGUGCUGGAACAGCCCUCUGCUAUUGUACUGCUGAUUCCUAUGGUACCAACUGUGACGAAAAACGACUGACAGUGGCGUGUGAAACAGGGAAAAUGGUGAUAGGCGUGAACCCAGCUGGAGCGUCGUUCACAGGGCAUGCCUACGUCCAAGGUUACCGCGCCGAUGCAAACUGUAAUCUUGCUCAAGUCCCAGAUCCCACGUUGGCCUCUGACAGCAUUCCAGAUACGUGGAUGGGAUAUGCACUUGACUUGGACAACACCGGAACAGCCUGUGGAGACGUUGUAGCCGUGAACACUGGAGGUAAAACUGAAUACACACGCAUUAUCGUCGUUCAAUACGAGAGUGAUUUCUUGACCUCCAUCGACGACCUUUUCACUGCAAAGUGUGUGUUCAACCACGCUGGGGCUUUGGUAUUCAGCGGUAUCGCCAAGCUUGAUCCAACGGCUCUGACCGGAAACCUGAACGAAAUAUCUGCAGAAACAGAGUUCUCUCCCGUGAGCUUGGCACUGACGAGCGGAGGUUCACCGGUCGUUUCAACAACGCCUAUUAACGUGGGCUCUGAGAUCGUGUUUACCUUCACAAUACCUACAGAAUACGAGUCGAUGAGGAUUGUCACAGCCGUCGCUGACAACACAGUUACUGCAGAUUUGAAAACUCUUAAUAUCGUCACCGCCAGUUGCAUGGAUAAUGCUGCCUAUCCCAUCUCCGUUGAAGCCCCAACCCGGGGCUCAACCGGAACAGAUAAAAGGGAGAUAACUCUCAAACUGAAAGCCUUCCACUUUGAUGGCAAUGACGAGGUCGGUUUCAAGUUCACCGUUAAAGUAUGCCUCACAGCAAAUGAUGCAGACUGCAACCCUGAAACGUGUAACGGUGUUGCUGCCAGUGGCUUUGGCCGAAAGAAACGAGAGGCUAGUGCUGGUGAGAAAGUCAUCACUAGAUUCAUCACUGUGCGAGACCCCCAGUCUUUCGGACAAGACGGUCAAACUGGACUGACAAACAGCAACUGUCAGAUAACUGGACAGACAACUGCUGCCAUGGUUGCCAUGGGAAUUGUUAUCUUCACACUCCUCAUCCUUUGCCUUGUGCUCAUCGUCCGCUUUGUGUCCCACCGUAAUCGCUCCGAAUCCAAGCAGGACCUCCAUGCUUAAAAGACAUGAUAGCGA